AUGGGGUCCCGCCCCCUGGACUCGACGAUGCGAGCGCUCCUCCAAAGGCGCGCCUCCAACUCGGCGCUGCGCUCCCUCACCAUCGCGCCCCCAACGUCGACCGACUUCUCCUCCAAUGACUUCCUAUCCCUGUCCUCCUCGGCGGACCUCAGAGCCGCCUACCUCGAGGAGCUGCACGCGCACCCCGGCUUUCGGCUCGGGAGCGGCGGCUCGCGGCUCCUGGACGGCAACUCCGCCUAUGCCGAAGAGCUGGAGCGCAGCAUCGCGGGCUUCCACGGCGCGCCCGCCGGCCUGCUCUUCAACUCGGGCUUCGACGCCAACGCCGGCUUCUUCUCGUGCGUGCCCCAGCCCGGCGACCUCGUCUUGUACGACGCGCGCAUCCACGCCAGCGUGCACGAGGGCAUGCGGCUGUGCCGCGCGGGCGCCCGGGUGGCCUUCGCGCACAAUUCCGUGGCGGAUCUGCGAGCCCAGCUGGCGGGCCGCAUCGCGGGCGAUCCCCUGCUGCGCGACGGCCGCAGGAACGUCUUCGUGGCCGUCGAGAGCUUGUAUAGCAUGGAUGGCGACCUGGCGCCGAUCAGGGAGGUGGUCGAGCUGGUGGAGGAGCUGCUGCCGGCGGGCAAUGGCCAUGUGGUGGUGGACGAGGCGCACAGCAAUGGCGUGUAUGGGGAGCAGGGACGAGGCGUCGUGUGUAGUCUUGGGCUGGAGGACCGGGUGUUUGCGAGGCUGCACACGUUUGGCAAGGGGCUGGCGUGUAGUGGAGCUAUUCUCCUCUGCUCGGCCCUGACGAGGGAAUACUUGAUCAACUACGCAAGGACGUUGAUAUACACGACGGCCAUGUCGUUCCCAUCCCUAGCUGCCAUUAAAGCAGCCUACUCCCUCAUGACCCAAGGCCUAACACAACCCCUCAUCACCCACCUCCACAAACUAAUAUCCCACCUCUACACCACCCUCCAAACCCUAACCCCCUACAUCCAAGAAUCACCCCAGGGGAGGAUUCCACUCCUCCGCUUUCCCACCCAGAAGCCCGAAUCGCCCAUCUUUUCCCUCCUGACCCCGGAGCCGCGCAGUCUAGCCAAGUACUGUCAAGAAGGCGGUUUCAUCGUGCGACCCAUCGUCCCGCCCACGGUUCCCGAGGGCACGCAAAGAGUCCGGAUCUGUUUGCAUGCGGGGAAUACGUUCGAGGAGGUUGAGAGGCUGGUGGAUAGGAUUAGAGGUUGGUUAGUGGGGGAGAGGGAGAGGGAGGAUUUGGAAGGAGCGCAGGUGCAGAAGUUGGAGCUUGUAAAAUCGGUUUUAUGA